AUGCAUCUGGAAAUGAGCUUCAUAGACUUUUAUGCUACUAUGUCAGACAUCAAGUCUACGUUGAAAAUAAUUUGUGAUCACACAAAUAAUGUCUCACUUUCUGACUCGCGUUUACAUAGAGAACGCAAAAGAAAAAUUCCAGUUUACAGCGAGCAAUCCGGAUUGUUCGGUACACCUUCAUCAAGUCCGAUAAAGAAAGUUACUAAUGAUUUAAAAUCUUCGGAAUAUUCCACUCCAUUACCUAACAAGAGUUGCUCAAAUGGUGAAAAUGCGCAGAUUAAAGAUUCUUCAACUCACCACGAAGUGGAUCAAUCCAUAACUAGCACUGACUCAGUAACUUCAGAACAG